AUGUAUGACUCUCACAGCAAGGAAUCUGAAAAUAUUUGCGGUGUAUUUCAGGUUUUUUGGAAUGUUCCAAGUAGGAACUGCUAUCGUGCCCGCAUUGAUAUUCCGUUGACAAAAUUUUCGUUCCAAUUCAACAAAGGAGAAGAUUUCUACGGAGAUGCGGUGAAUACUUUCUAUGAGAAGACUAUCGGGCUGUAUCCUUAUUACAGGGAUCCCAAGGACCCGAAUUCGGCUGUAAAUGGCGGAAUACCACAGCGAGUCGAUAUGCGAGAGCAUUUGAGUAAGGCCAAGGCGGAUAUCGAGCGUCUGAUCCCGAAUCCGUCGUUUGGCGGCGUCGCCAUUUUGGACUUCGAAUCGUGG